UACCGCCCCCGGGGGCUCGCAGUGACGCAGGCUCCCGGCGGGGCCCCCCGCCCGUCUCCUCCGCCCCCGCUCCCCCCUUUAAAUAGCGGCGAGCCGCCGAAGCGCGCCGAGCGGAGCGGAGCGGAGCAUGGGGCUGCAGGCGCUGCUCGGGCUGCUGGCGGCCGCCGCCCUAGCAGGUGUCAGCGCAGUUCCAGUGGAAAUAGACCAUGUUGAAGAAAUGGUAACACGGUGCAUAGUGGAAGUUCUAUCUAAUGCUCUAUCUAAGCCAAAUGCACCACCAAUUAAUCCUGAAUGCAAAGAAAUCCUGAAGAAGAGUGGUAGAAACGACAGAGAGAGAAGUGAAAACAGCCAGCCUGAAAUGAGGCAUUUGAAAAACCCAGUAGAAAUGGAAAAGCAUCAUAGCGGGAGCAUGGAGAAAGAACAAAGUCAGGCAGAAGAAGAAUCUAAAAUGUACGUGAAAGGAAGUGAUGAGGAGAAACUUGCUCAUGAAGAAGGUAAAAGCAAGGAAGAGGAGGAUGGGCACCACACACCUGUUCAAGAAGAGAGACUUCAUACAGAAGAAAAGAAACACUAUCAGGAAAUCAGAAGAGAGGAGGAAAAGAGCUACCACAGUGAAGAAGAAAGCAAAGAGAGCGAGCGUCAUGACGAAGAGGUAGAGCAUGCUGUUCUCAACAAGAAGUCCCACUCUGGAGGCACGAGCACAGAGGAGUUCCCUGAUGGGAAUGACCAGCACCCCAUGGGCCGCUGGCGUUCAGAGGAGGGAAUGCAGAGCCGUUACAAGACAGUUCAGGGAGGUGAAGAGGGAGAAGCAGAGGAAGAAAGAAGUGAAAAAUACCAUCACGAGUCUAAAGAACAUGAUUUCUCCCAUCAGGAAGAGCAUGAAGAAUCUGAUGAGAGUGAAGAAACAGAGGAGAAGCAGCCCUACAAACCUAAACGCUAUCAUGGGAAGCAUAGAAUGGGUGACUCCUCAGAGGAGAAGAGGGGCCAUGGUGGGGAGAAAGAGGAACUAGCUGACGAAUCAGACACAGAGGAGACCCGUCUCUGGGAUAAAAGGAACCACCGUCAGGAACAUCAUGAAGAGUCUGAGCAGCAGCGUGAGGAGAAGAGUGGUUAUCGUGGGAGGCAUGGGUCUGAAGAGGUGGAGGAGAAGAGGCAUACAGACCGGGGAAGUGAGGCGUACAGAGAAACGUGGCAGCAGAAUGAGGAGAGCAGCGAAGAAGACAAGAGGCAUCACCACAGUGAAGAAAGUAAUGAGAAAUGGCGCGUGGAGAGGAGACACCAUGAUGGGUCACAUGAAGCAAAGAGGCACCAUUCUGAGGGAAGGGCAUAUCUUGGAGACGGAAGCGAGGAAGAGCUGGACAGAUUUCUCAGCAAGGAGAAGCAGUACCGUGCUGGAGGGAAGUACCGCUUGUGGGAUGAUGAGGAUGAAGGGCUGGAGAAAGCAUACACUCGAGAGCGCAGCGGGCAGGCCAGAAGACACUACAGCACUGAGGACAGUGUGGAGCAGCAGCGCUACCCUGGCAACAGUGAAGAGGAGGAGGAAGAGGUAGAAGGGAAGCAUCACAGCAGUGAUCAGAUGGAAAAUGAAGAGGAGGCCAUGGAGGAGGGAAGAUUUGCAGAGAGGGAAGAGUACAGAAGCCAUCUCCCUGCUGAGAAUGAGAAGAGAACCCCAGCAUCCUACAGCUCCUUCUAUCCACUGCUGUGGUGGAAAAGCCAGCGCUUUGAGAAAAGGGACAGCGCAGGAGAGCAGCUUCUGGACAGCAAAGAGGGAGGAAGGCCCACCCUGAAUGAGAAGAGUCUUUUCCCUGAAUAUAAUGACUAUGACUGGUGGAAGAAGCAGCGAAUCCUGAAUGCUCUGAACCAGGGACGCACUGAGAAGAGGAAUCUUGGCAAAAUGAACAGAUAUGAUAUGAAGAGGCAAUCCAACAAGAUGGAUCAACUAGCACAGCUUCUGAAUUACAGGAAGAAGUCAGCUGAGUUCCCGGAGUUGUACAAUUCUGGAGAAGAUGUGAAAAAACAUCAUGUAAUCAGGAAUGACAGAGGAAGUCUGAGCCAGAGGCCUCUGACAGAAGAGGAGGAAAAAGAACUGGAAAACCUGGCAGCUAUGGAUUUGGAGCUACAGAAAAUAGCUGAAAAGUUCAAUGAGAACAGGAGAGGCUGAAGAUGAUCUGCUUUGGCAUUUCAAAGCUUGAUGUAGCUGUUCUCACAAUACGUGUAUUUUGUGGUAAAUUUACUGCCACUGGAUUGUCGUUUGGAAAUACUAUUUACUGUCCACUAUAGUGUAGUGAUUUAUAUAGCUGAAAAUGUCUUUAAUUUGCUAAUAUGCUAUCUGAAUAGCAUGAAUUUUAGUAAUACAACCUUUCAUGCAAGGCAGAUAUUUUUAAUAUGCUUGUGAAAGUAAUUGUGGUAGUGUUCUUCAGAAAUAUAUUUGUCUGAGUUUGAAAUAAUAAAAACCAUUGAUCUUGGACCAAA